AUGGGGUGCGUGUUCGGUCGAGAGGCGCGCCCGCGCAGUGCUGCUGCCGCCGCAGUUCCAGCUCCGGUCGCUGAGGGGAAGGAUGAAGACGACCUCUCCUCGCUCUCGAUCAGCAAAUCCCAGUCGACGUUCUGCAAUGCCGAGGGUGGGGUUGUUGCUCUCGAGUCCAGUCGUGUGGAAGCCGAGGAGGAAGAUGAGGUUGGCAGCGGAAGAGCGGGAGUCAAUGGCGGGUCGGACUCCCUCCCGCAGCGGCAGAGGAAGAAGCCGAACCCGAGGCUGAGCAAUCCGGCGAAGCAUGUGCAGGGGGAGCAGGUUGCUGCCGGGUGGCCGGGAUGGCUGGCGGAGGUGGCGGGUGAGGCCAUCAAAGGGUGGAUUCCCCGUCGGGCGGACACUUUUCAGAAGCUCGACAAGGUCAUUAUACUACUCCCUUCGAAUUUUACUUCACUCACAUGUCCAUGCAUUGCUUUGAUUUGGUUCUUAUCAGUUUCUCCCUAGCAAGAGCUUCAUGGAGCUCUGAUCCUUGAUCCUCUGCGUCUAGUAGAUAGGGCAGGGAACUUACAGUAAUGUUUACAAGGCCAGAGACACUUUUAAUGGUAAGAUUGUGGCCUUGAAGAAGGUGCGGUUUGAUAACUUGGAGCGCGAGAGCGUCAGGUUCAUGGCGAGGGAGAUUCUCAUCCUGAGGAGAUUAGAUCACCCCAAUGUGGUGAAGCUGGAAGGAUUGGUGACCUCCAGGAUGUCCUGCAGCUUAUACCUUGUUUUUGAAUACAUGGAGCAUGAUCUGGCUGGACUUGCUGCAACACCGGGGAUCAAGUUCACUGAACCUCAGGUAGCUGCUCUUUGCCUCUCCCAAGUCCAGUUCACUGGGCCUUUUGCUUGUUAAUACGGUGGCAUGAAGUAGAUCACUUCUGCGAGCAGGUAAAGUGUUACAUGCAUCAGCUGCUGUCUGGGCUUGAGCAUUGCCACAGGCGGGGUGUCUUGCACCGGGACAUAAAAGGGUCUAAUCUCCUACUCGACAACAGUGGGGUGCUGAAGAUUGCAGACUUUGGUUUGGCUUCAUUAUUUGAUCCGGAGCACAAGCAACCCAUGACCAGCAGAGUGGUGACUCUGUGGUAUCGGGCUCCAGAGCUUCUUUUAGGCGCUACUCACUACGGUGUGGGUGUGGAUCUCUGGAGUGCUGGCUGCAUUCUAGCAGAGCUGUUGGCUGGGAAACCGAUCAUGCCUGGUCGGAAUGAGGUAAUGCCUGUAUUUCAUGCCCUAGCGAAGGUUUUUUUUUAUGGUGGAGUAUGGCAAAUACAUUAUUGAAGUAUAUAGCCCUGAAGAAAAAUAUUUUGAAGGAGAAAACAUAAAUACUACCCGAUCAUAGAAAAAAGUGCAUAUUUCCUCUGCUCAACUAAUGAGACCGUUGAUGCAGUGUUACGAGUUUUUCGUGUCCUCAGAUAAUGAAGGGGAAACCAAAGAAAAAAGUUUUCAAAUCUCUCCUUGUUUGUGCAAAACUUCCUAGCAGUACCAUCAGGCAAGAGUUUGUCUAUCAUUCUCUGUCUUCAGAUUCUAACAUGUACAGAAUCUUUCGGUAAAGGUCUCAUUUUCUCACAUGGCGUGAAUCAUUUCUUUGCCCCAUGAAACACUGAAAAAAUGGUAGCUGAAAUUCCAUCGAUUGUUGGUAAUUUACUUCUUUGAACUAUUUGUCAGGUUGAGCAGCUACACAGGAUUUUUAAACUAUGCGGCUCACCAUCAGAGGAGUAUUGGAAAAAGUCAAAGCUGCCUCAUGCUACAAUCUUUAAGCCUCAGAAACCAUAUAAAAGAUGCAUAGCGGAAACUUUUAAAGAUUUCCCAUCAUCGUCUCUGCCAUUAAUUGAAACUCUUCUAGCAAUUGACCCAGCAGAGCGUCAGACUGCAUCUGCCUCGUUAAAAAGUAAAGUGAGUGUUUUCCAUCUGAGUAUGUUUACUUCUCUGACUUUUCAUGUAGUCUGAUAAAUCAACAUUUGCAAAAUGUGUUUCAUUUCUUUGGAGGGGUAAGAAAGUUGUGGCAAAUUUCGCUAAAAUGCUGAUAAAAAGAAAAAGGACUGUGCUCGUGAAACGCUCUGAUCCGAGAUCCCAUGUCUGCUUUUAGGCAGCUUAAUAUUCUACAUUGUGAUUGAUGUAUCUGAACCUUUUUUUUAACGCAUACUUAUUACGUUUUAAAAGUAAAUUUAUGAAUUAGAUACAGUCAUAUGGUGUCGUACAGUUAUUUUGUUGUAUUGUUUAUUGUAAUUACUAAUGUAGUCAAGGCUUGAGCUCACUAGUAUGAAAUUGAAAUGUUGAUGACGUGGGCUUGAGUUGAGGGCAAUUUUGUCCAGUUAUUCAAGUUGUUUGAUUUAUUUGAAAAUGCAAAAAUAUAGUCAUACGAAUUUUGAGGGUAUGAUAUACAUAAUGGCGGUUUUUAUUCAAGAUUCAUCUACUUCACCGUAUUCAUCUACUAUUCUGUUUGUUUCUUGGAUUUUUAUGUUCCAUGACAUAUAUUUUAUUUCGUAUAUAAAAUUUCAUUUCAUAUAUUUGUGAUUUCACGAAGCUCGUAUAUGAAUACUGUGUAUAAUACGCGUGGCACAUUAAUCCUCCGAUUCAUGACAGAAGUGUUGCUUAUGGCCCAGCAGUUUUUUACUACUGAACCCUAUGCUUGUGAACCAUCAAGUCUACCGAAGUACCCUCCAAGCAAAGAAAUGGAUGCAAAGAUAAGGGAUGAAGAAGCUAGAAGGUUUGCUGUCACCAUCUUAUCAGUUCCUUUUUGUUCGGGUACUGCGUAAUUUUUUCUUCUGUUUUCUGUCAUGGUCUGUUGUUUGUACAUGCAUCUAAUUUGUAAUUGAUAUCUUUAUGGUCUAUUGAUGCAGUAGGUUGGUGCAAUAUGGCUCAGUUUCUAGAAGAAAUCAUGUCUGUUCCAAGUGUCCUGGUUGAAAAAUUGGUUAUCAAGGCAGGAAAAAAAAAAGAGCUUAUUUUCUCCGCCUGCUUGGGCAAGGUUUGAAAUCUGGAUCUUAGAUCGAAAUUUGGUCGACAAAGACUCCAUUCAAAUCAGACUGUAUAAUCCAAGGCAAAUCCACAGUUGGGCUAUACCCAAUAGGAUCGGGAUCAAUUUAAUAAGCUGAAAAAUAUUGUUCGGGAAGCCUAAUUGCAGUAUGAACAUUGAGAUAACAUGGCUGCUGACCUUCAGUGGUUGGUAGUUGAUCAUUAAAUCCCUGAGCAAUGAAACCUGGAGCUAUACAAGGAUGAAUUAGAGUCAUAAUUUAGUUUAGUUUCGUGUUAUAGAGGUGCUUGGCUAGGUAACAACAAGAACUUCGUAGCUUGUAUGUGUCCAGGAAGAAAAAAAGUAUAUAUAUAGAUAUUUACAUAAAUAGAUAGGAAUCUCUUAGGUUAACGCAUAUUUCCUGGGGUCCAAAUUGAAAAUUGUAGCAUAACAGAGAGGGGUGUUGUUCAAAUAAUAACAUACGAAGGGGAACCAGUGGUGUAUUGACAUUGAUAAUUCUUAAAUGCUGCCGGACUCGGUUAUCAUUUUGAGAGUUUUCCCUCGAGUUUCUUCCUUUGAUUUUCUGGUGUGAAGUGGUAAAGGUACUCCUGAUGAAACAUCUGAUCUGUCAACUACCCUGACAUAGGACUCGCCUGGAAAAUCUUUGGCAGAUGGUUAAACUCCUCCACUUGGGGAGUUCGAAUCUGAUAUGAUCAUUUAUCAUUAGGCGUUUGAAACGCGGACCUUACAAAAUUCAUGAGUAUGUGCAGAGGAUGGCGCUUGACCCUGGGAAUAAGAUCUUGGCAUCAUACUUCUUUAUUAUUUGAAAUAUGGAAAUGUAAUACAUUGCUUCCCCUUCAAGUUCAGAGAUAAUAAGUCGGUAAAUUAUUAAGUUGGGUUCAUGAUUCCGUCUUUGAUUUUAUGAUAUGUGGCACAGUCCCGCAUAUGAUAUGAUAAUAUGAUAUUCUUGGUUGUUUUCGACUUUCUUUCUUAUUUCUUUGUCAAAUACUCUCAUUUAAGGUUUAGAAUGCGUGUUGCUUCAAUUUCUUAUUUCUCUUUAGCAGAAAGCUCCUCUUCUGAAGUACUUUUCUCAUCGAAAGUGGCAAGGGAUUGCAUCCCACAGGCUACUGGUUUAUGAUUGUGAAAAUUAUGAAAAGAAACUGAUUAAGAGUGAUUCCCAUGAAAUCUUGAUACUCAGUUAGUUGCUCAAACAUUUCGUACGAAGGUGUUCUACAUUCUGAGUUCUCCCCCUCCUACUUUUCUUCUGUGCUUGGACAGAGUCAGAGCCCCCAGUGGAAGAUUUAAUGCUGAUGGCGCCAAGAAGACUCGCCCACGAGACAGAGCUCCCAGGGCAAUGCCUGCGCCCGAGGCCAAUGCGGAGCUCCAAGUAAACAUAGAUGUACGUCACACUAACUCUUGCCAUCUCGUCGUCUGCUCUCUCUUCUUUUAUUUGAUCAUUUUUGUGGUGGAUGGGAUCACACAGGCACAAUACCAAAUAGGAGAAGAAUAUCCAUACAUGAUCAGUGGCUAAUGUAUAGAGGAAGACCCCCUUCCUCUGUAUAGUAUGGGAUCAUACACGCACAAUAUAAAUGGGAAGACCCCCUUCUCUAUAGUAAGGGAUCAUAGUUGCAUGACAUAAAUAGGAGAAGAAUGUGGAUACAGUCUGGAUAAUCUAUAGAGAGAGACCCUCUUCUGUAUAGUAUGGGAUCAUACACGCACAAUAUAAAUUGGUGGAUGGGAUCAUACAGGCAGAAUACCAAAUAGGAGAAGAAUGUGUCUAUACAGUCAGAGGCUAAUUUAUAGAGGAAAACCGUCCUCUGUAUAGAGUAUGGGAUCAUACAUGCACAAUAUAAAUAGCUGGAUGUGAUCAUACACCUCUGUUUGGUAUGUUGUUGGUUCGUUCUUGGACCCCCAGCUCCCCGAAGAUGGUGAUUUUUUCUUUUUUUCUUUUUUUUUUUUGGGCUAUUUUUACGACAUUUGCUUAUUGAGAACUGUUGACAAAAAGAGACGAAAUAUGGGUUGAUAGCUAGCAUGAGAGGAUCCUCCCCCAAGGCCCAGGCAAUGGGAACCCACCCUUCACUGAGCAAGCUCCUACAUACUUUCCUAUUUCAUCUAAAGAUGAGGGGUUGUAGUCCAGCUCCAUUCAUAUCUGGUCUCAAGAACAUGGAUUGAACCAGUACCCCCCCCCCCCCCCCCAUGAGAGGAUGCAUGUAGGCAGAAACUGGCUGCUUUCAGGAGAGCUGCCCCGAUUCGAUUCAGAACUCUGCUUGUUUUUUCUUGAUUGCCAGAGACGGCGCCUGGUGACGCAUUCGAAUGCAAAGAGCAAGAGCGAGAAGUUCCCCCCUCCGCACCAGGACGGAGCGCUUGGGUUCCCCCUGGGCUCUUCCCGCUAUGGGGACCACCCCGGAUUCGACCUGGGGGACGCCUCCUUCUCCGGCGUCUUGCCCCUCGGGGGCGCCGGCCCGACGGCGGAGCCUGCCGACACCAGCCGCCUGAGGAGGAAGAAGCCGCCGGGCGGCAGGGAGAGGCGGAAGGGCGAAGGCGGCGGCAGCUUCCAGCUCGGGUGA